GCUUAGGAAAACGCAGGGAGCAUGCUAAAGACCUGCAGCUAUUUGCCUUGCACAAUUUGCUCAUUUCUCUUUAUUUCUCUGUUUUCCUGCACCGAUCACUUAAAGGACAAUCUCUCUUGCAAACAAAAUCCCCGGAGCCUGAUUAGAGGGACCGAAGGCUCCCAGACACGGAUUGCCUGCCAGCCGCAGCACGGCGGAGCGGGCCCGGCAGGAGGCGGAGCGGGCCGCCGCACGUCCCCCAGCCGCUCGGCCGGCCCCCCCGCCAUGGGUCGGAAGCGCUGCGUGGGGGGAGACGGCUCCAAGAUGGCGGCGGGUUGCUGCGGGGUGAAGAAGCAGAAACUCUCCAGUUCCCCUCCGUCGGGCUCGGCCGGCCCGGGAGGCGGCGGCGGCGGCUCCCGCUGCGGCGGGGCGGCGGCGGCGGGCGGCGAGCCGGGGGCGUUGCCCCCGCCGGGGGGCCCCCGCCUCAACGGCCUCGGGGGGCUGGCGGGGGGCGCCGCCGGCUGCGCCCUGGCCCCGCCGCUGCCGCCCAGCUGCGGCGGGGGCCCCGCCGGCCUCUCCCCGCCGGCCGCCUCGCUGCUCGCCUCCCCCGGCGCCGGCUCCGGCGGGCCCGGCUGCAGGAAGAUGGUGGUGUCGGCCGAGAUGUGCUGCUUCUGCUUCGAUGUGCUCUACUGUCACCUGUACGGCUACCAGCCCCCGCGGAGCCCCCGCUUCACCAAUGACCCCUACCCACUGUUUGUAACGUGGAAGAUUGGUCGAGAUAAACGAUUGCGUGGAUGCAUAGGUACUUUUUCUGCCAUGAACCUGCAUUCAGGACUCAGGGAGUACACACUUACUAGUGCCCUUAAAGACAGUCGUUUCCCCCCAAUGACGAGGGAUGAGCUGCCACGGCUUUUCUGCUCAGUGUCUCUACUCACUAACUUUGAAGAUGUAUGUGACUACAUGGACUGGGAGGUGGGUGUACAUGGCAUUAGAAUAGAAUUCAUCAAUGAAAAAGGAUCAAAACGCACCGCCACCUACUUACCGGAGGUUGCAAAGGAGCAAGGAUGGGACCACAUUCAAACCAUAGAUUCCUUAUUGAGGAAAGGAGGCUACAAAGCUCCGAUUACUAAUGAAUUCAGGAAAACCAUAAAGCUAACCAGGUACCGUAGUGAGAAGAUGACCAUGAGCUACACAGAGUACCUUGCCCAUCGUCAGCAUCAUCACUUCCCAAAUGGCAUUGGGCACCCCCUUCCACCAUACAACCAUUAUUCCUGACACUGAGCCGCAUGACCAGUCACUGGACCUCUCUGCAGACCUCUUCCCAGGAGACCCUGCCCCUUCUUGGUCUAGCUAUCUCUAUUACUGUACCAUUUUAUGAUGAUAGUUUCCGUUGCCAUUUUGAGGCUUCUCCGUAGUUGGUUAAGCUCAUUGUGGCAACGGGAGGGAAAACUGCAUUAUUACAAAGAUCCCAUACUUUUUUAUUGAAUCACUGCAGAUUUUUUUGCAGCAUAUAUAGCCCUUGGGUUUUUUAUGAAAUGUUAAAUUUCUACUUCAUUAACAUUGAAUUAUAUCAGUCAAGACUUUCUGUGACUGUGGAUGGAAGGAAGAGUUUAAGGAUUACAGUUGGGGAUUCUUUGCUCAGAAAAAAAAAAGGCAUUCAUGGCUUUUUCAUUAAUAGCUCUGUCAGGGAAUGAAACAUAUCAGAUUCAGGUAUUAUAUUAGACAAUGAAUUGCAUUUUCUUAACCUUCUUAAUAGUAGUCUGUGGUACAAUAUUUCAUAGACUUUCUUCUUCCCUUUGAGUUUUCCCAUGAGCUCCUUUGAUCAUCCGUUCAGGUCUCCUGCGGUGGUUGAGCAAGGAGCUCAUUGAAAAAAAAGACAAAGGGAAGAAGAAACUCUGUGAAAUGUGGAAAAAGGACCUGGCCACUUGGGAGGAAUAUAGGAAUGCUGUCAGGACCUGCAGGGAUGCAGCGAGGAAGGGUAAGGCCCACUUGGAAUUAAAUCUGGUGAGGGAGGUCAAGGACAGCAAGAAAGGUUGCGUUUUGUUUUUGGUUUUUUUUUUUUCAAUAUGUCAGUAGCAAAAGAAAAUGUGGGCCUGCUACUUAAUAAGGUGGUUGCCCUGGUAACAGGGGAUGUUGAGAAGGUGGCGAUGCUGAACACCUUCUUUGCUUCAGUCUUCACUGAUUAGACUGUCCCUAUGGAACCUCAGACCAAGGAGGUAAGAGAGUCUGUAGAAAAGACUUUCCCUUGGUCAGGAGGAUCUGGUCAGAGAUCAUGUAGGCAAACUUGACUCCUACACAUCCACUGAUCCCGAUGGGAUGCACCCCCAAGUGCUGAGGAAGCUGGCAGAAGUGAUUGCCAAACCACUCUAUUGUCUUGGAGAAUGGGAAAGGUGCCUGAAGACUGGAGGAUAGCCAGUGUCACUCCAGCCUUCAAAAAGGACAAGGAGGAGCUGGAAAACCACAGGUCAGUUGGCAUCACCUCUGUCCCUGGAAAGGAGAUGGAACAGCUUGUUGCGUCAUCACCAAGCAAGUGGAAGAGAAGGUGAUUAUCAGGAGCAGUCAGUGUGAAUUCACCAAGAGGGAAGUCAUGCUUGACCACCUUGGUAGCCUUCUGUGAUGUCAUCACCAGCUGGGUAGAUAAGGGGAGAGCAGUGGAUAUUGUAUACCUUGACUUCAGCAAGGCUUUAGACAAGACUUGCAGCCAUUCAGCAGGACAUAUACAGGUUGGUGAGUUGGGCAGAGAAGAGCCUGAUCAGCUUCAGCAAGAGCAAGUGUAGGGUCCUGCAUCUGGGAAGGAAUGACUGCACCCAUCAGUUGAGGUUUAGGGGCCUGCCUGCUGGAAAGGUGUUCUGCAGAGGAAGUGGGUGCUGGCCAUGAGCCAGCAGUGUGCCCUUGUGGCUGAGAAGGCCAACUUUAUCUUGGAGUGCAUUAAAAAGAGCAUGGCCAGCAGGUCGAGGGAGGUGAUCCCCCCUCUACUCUGCCCUGGUGAGGCCACAUCUGGAGCGGUGUGUCCAGUUCUGGGCUCCCAGUUCAAGAAGAACAGAUAACUUCUAGAGAGAGUCCAGAGAAGGGCCACAGAGAUGAAGAGGGGCCUUGAGCAUCUCCUGUACGAGGAAAGGCUGAGAGACCUGGGACUGUUCAGUCUGCAGAAGAGAAGGCUGAGAAGGGAUCUCAGCACUGUUUAUCAAUAUCUAAAGCGUAGGAGUCAAAUGGAUGAGGCCAGCCAGCUCUUUUCCAGUGGUGUGCAGCGACAGGAGGCAGUGGGCAAAGAAACUGGAACACAGGAAGUUUCAUAACAUGAGGAAGAACUUCUUUACUGUGGGAAUAAUGGAUCAUUGGAACAGACUGCCCAGAAAGGUGGUGGAGUCUCAAUUUCUGGAGAUAUUCAAGACCCACCUGGAUGCCUUCCUGUGUGAUCUGCUUUAGGGAAUCUGCUUCAGCAGGAGAUUGGACUCAGUGAUGUCCAGAGGCUCCUUCCAGUCCCUAGAGUUCUGUGUUUCUGUAACAGUAUCUCACCCCUGCAGUAAAGAUUUCAUGGAGCUAUAGAUGUAGGUCGCUCUGAAAGUAAUGCUUCCUAUUUAUUUACAUGGAAACUACAACAAAGAGCACAGUAACACUACUUGAUAGAGAAAAUUCUCAGCUGCAAAACACUAGUUUUCAACGUAAUUAUUGCCAUUAGCAGAGACUGCCCCUCUGCUGCCAUCUGUCACACAGCAACAAAAUGUAAUGGAAUAUUAGGGGAAGGUUCUACCUCUGCUGCCCUCCUACCAACAUCUGUCUAAUUUCAUGGGCCAACACCAUAAAACAGGAGGCAUUAUUUUCAGAGUAGCCCUUGUAUGUGACCUUCAGCUCGAGCACACAGCCACAAUUUGAGGCUCGUAUACAAAAUGCUUUUCUGGAUAUGGAGAAGCAACUAAACGUAAUAAGAGGUGAGCAGUGUGCUCAGAAUCACGUGGUCUAAUUGAAAGUACAUGACAUAAUCCAGUAGGAUACCUUUAUCUCCUGUUCUGCACUGGAAGCCGAGGGCAGCCCAGCCCUGUCAAGCCUGCUCAUCAUAAUGCAUUUCUAAUGAGACAAUGCCUUUCUGAUGAGCUCAAAUUAGAAGUUGCAUUUGUUUUUAGAAACAGAUUGGUGAGUAGCAGAUGUCAUAUUAGGAAGAAAACGGAUUUAGAUUUUAGUGCCUUUGACUAUGACAUGAUUAUACUUGCAUAUAAAAUUCAUAGAAAAAAUAUAGCAAAUGUGCCAGACAUUCCAGUAAUCAGCGUUGAGUUCUUUGCUGCUCUGGUGUCAGGUUUUGGGGGAUUUUCUAAAGUGAGAUAUUUUUCAUUUUCUUAUUUUAGAAAAGAAAAAUCCCUAUCUUCUUCUUGCUUGUGCUUUUGAAUUUGCUGGGUUUUAUCAGGUCAUGGAUAGUUGGGUAACUUGUUUAAAAAAAAAAAAAAUUGUGUUGUGAAAGAGCACAGGACAAUUAUGCCAUAAUUUGUACAUCUUUUCAUCUACUACAGGAAUAGUACUUGAGAGCUGUGAGUACUUCAUAAUAAAUCUCAUAAUUCUCCACAAGGUAGGAGAAAGAAAACUGAUGAGGACUUGUAACAACUGUAAAAAUAGGAUUUAUUAAGUGGUGUAUGUGGUAUGGUUGCAAGCCAAGUAUAUGCCAGGAGCUACCUCCUUGCUCACGUGCCUGCAGAACUCCCACUAAUAGCCACUGCAGUUCAGUGCACGUUUUAGGGGACUCCACAUCCCAUCUACUAUGGAAAAGACCUUCCUAGCAUGGGCGAGCCAACUAUGGUAAGCAGAAAUUCCAGUUAUUUUGAAUAAUGAAUGUUUUAAAAAAUACAUAUAUCACUCAAAUAGAUAAAUAGAGUUAAGUUGAUAAAAGGAACAACAACAACAGAAGACUAAAAACGUUCCAGAAAACAGAUACGGAUAAAUUAUCCCUUAUGUGAGGAUAGAAUGCCACUUAAUUUGUACAGAGCUUCUUGUAGAAGGUCUUUUGUAUUCCUUCAUCCACAGCACCCUAUGUCCAAAUAUUUCCAUUUUCAGUUGUGAUGCCUUAAUUUAUAAGCAGAGGGCCUGAAAUGUCAGGAGCCAAGAGGUGCCAGGCAGACGCUGCAGAAACUAAUAGAUGUUUAUACAGAGGCUAUUUUGGAUGAUACUGUUGUUUCUACUUGGGGGAGCGGUUUCAAAUGGAUUUGUCUUCAAGUGGAAACUGUGAACCGGUGGCUACCUGAGAGGUGUUUUGGUUUUGUUUUUUUCCUUGCCCUUAUAGGGAAACUGAGCACAAACCGAAUCAUUCUGCUGCAAAAAACAAAACACAAAGUCAUCCAACCCCAUCCUUCUCUGUCAUCUCGUUACACGCGCUCACAGCGCUGCGUGAGCUCAUCCUUAGAAGUUUUUUAAAAAGAUCUAUUAUAUAUAAAAAUAUAUAUGUAUUGAAAGGUGCUAAUCAACCUCAAGCAGGUCACGUGACUGGUCAUGCGGAUCUAAAAUCAUAUCAGAUUUUUUAAAAAUCUUCGAUAUAUGCAGAUGUUAUACAGAAUUUCUUACCAGUGUAAUAAUAAUAUACUGAUGAAUAAACAAUCCUGCGGGUUUUUAAGGACAAGGUCAGCAAUACUCCCCACCAUGGCCUGGGGGGGAAAAGGAUAGUUUUGUCUCCUUUUUGUAUACAGCAUAAUGCACAAUGCAUUUUUGUCUAUCUCUUAGUAGCUGUUGCUUACAAAUAUGGUUAAAAGGGUGUUAUACAAACUGUAAAGGUGUGCUUUUGACAUGACUUAAUGCCAGACCCUUCUGGACCAGAGUUUUGUAUAACUAAUUAAAAAGCUGUUACAAAGUCUGCGGUCAAUCAGGUUGUAUGGUAUUUUUUUAGAAAAGAUUGGAAUAAUCAGUUUAUCUACAGUGUUUCUAAGGCACCUACCUCCUCAGCACGCAAGGGCUGAGAAUACUGCGGAUUGUUUCUGUGUAAUUGUGGGGUUGUUUAUACAAGAUGUGCAGUUCACUGUGACAUGCACUGGGACAGAAUAGGUCUGUUUGCCUAAAGCGAAUCGACAAUUGCUUUCACAAAUGCCAUUCUCUGAGCUAUUACCCUUUCAGAUAUGUUGCUGGAUUUAGAUCUAUUAAUGUUAUUUUUUAAUUUGGGGGCACUUCAUAAGAGGUGAUGGUACAACCGAGUAGCUAAUUCCGCUCUUCAAGUCGGAUGCUGAUCUUUGAUAAGCACUAAUCCAUUUGCCUUAUUCCUUGAAGUUUUUUUUUUGAUUAUUCUUUUGCUAAACGUUUCUGAAGUCCUCCUUCUGAAAACUAAGUGAGACAGCAGAACCCCAGGCUGAUGCGAUGCUGUUGCUUAGCCGUGCCUCAAGUGGCCUUCCUUCCGCCUGGAGCGCUGCAGCACUGGCCUGGCACCAUCUCGGCCCCAACGCUGGUCACAGCAGGGGGAGGGCGCCUGAGAGUUCUGACCUCAGAUACAAUACUAAGAGAGUCAAAUCCAUUUGCACACCCUGGCGUUUGUAUAUGGACCUCUUUACUUGUCUUCAAAUGUGCGGGUUUUUAAAACUGUCGUCUGGAGUAGGUUACAUCUCUUGUGUGUGUUAGAUCGAACCAAAGAAGCCUCCAGCCAUGCCCACAUGCUGCUCCUAAAGCCUGCCUUCCAGUCCUUGCAAAAGCCCCGCAGGAUUAAAUGUGUUAAUUUUUUUAUUUUUGUACAGUUUCUAACUGAUUUUUGCUAGUGAUGUUAAUUGAAUUAAGUUUAUUUGGGGAGUCUGAGUACCUCCUCCAUUUAAAUAAACUGGUGACUUUCCUUUUAUGUUAAAAAAAAAAAAAAAAGGGAAAAAAAAAAAAAAAGGAAACCCAAAGUGUGCCUCUAAGAUUUAAAGGGUUUCUGGUUACAUUUAUUCUUAAGACCAGCAAUGAUUCUUUAUAUAGAAAGAUAUGUUUUCCUCGUUUUUUAUUACUGUUAAAUAAAAAAUAAAAACCUCUUUCUUUGCUCUGGACCCAGUAAUUGCGCUGGUACAUAAACGCACUGAGAAAACAAACUUUUGUUUGAAACUUUUGUAACAACUUAUGACUGUUUUUGUAUAUCAAAGUUGAUUCUUUUCAAAAUAUUUGGAUCUAGUUUCUAAGUUAUUUUAGUGUUUUAUAUGUUACAAAAAGAAAAAACUUUUAAAUUGCUCACCAGCAUCUUGAGUUAUCUAAUGCAGUGGUGACACACAGUGGGCUUGGAGCUGCCUGGAGUAGCUGACAAGGCCUCUCUUUUUCUUCCUUUCUUAGUAACUUGAUUGAUUACAAAUUAUAUCACAGAUUACCUGAACCCCCUUCCUUUAUAACUAGAUCCUCCUUCCUUCCACAUUUAAUUGCUAUUAGUGUGAAGAAACUGUUGAAAUGGGCAUUUUAAUAUAAGUAUGGCUUAAAAAAGAUAAAAUGAGGAAAAAGAAAAAAAAAUUAUAUAGAAGGUUAUCUGUGGGUCUGUGAGAUAUGGCUGUGGAAAGAUACUGUAGUAGUUUUAACACUAUUGUUAUUACCUUUUAAAUCAUUUACCCAAUAAAACAAGGAAAAAGAAUCACCA